GGCGACAAGAACUGUGGGUUAAUCGUUCGACUGCCAGCGACAUCGCCAGAUGCGGCCAAACAAAUUCAGAUUAUGAGUCGGCUCCGAGUAUUUGCCGUGCGACCAUUGCCGCUGCUCAAGCGCGUGAAACGUUAAGCACAGCUAAUUAUAAGUGAGCGUUUCGCCGUGUGUGUCAUGUUUUAUUAGUGGCCACGUCCAAACUCAAAAUGUACUGCACCACGCGCCUGCUACGUUACAUACUGUGUGUCAUCAAUGUGAUUUAUGCUCUUAACGGCUGUCUGCUCAUCUGGUAUGGCACCUGGCUGCUGGACAGCAUUGCCGAGCAACGAAAUGCUGUUGAUCAUGGCGAGAAACUGGCUUCAAUACUCUGCAUUCUGUUGGGCAUUGUCGUUAUACUGGCCAGCAUAUUCGGCACUGUGGCCCUGGUCAAGGAGUGCAAAAAGAUGCUGAUAAGUUAUGCAGUCUUAUUAAUACUGCUGUUGGUCAUACAGUUUGUCAUGUUUAGCAUUAGCUUUGCGGCGAGCAGAGAUGCCUUGCCAAACAGUUUGAAACAGGGUUUCGACGAGCUCUGGGAUGUGUAUCACAGGCACAAUAACACACUGAGCAUCUACGAGGAGUGGCUGCAUUGCUGUGGUCGCAACAGCGCCGAGGAUUACAUUCUGCUGGAGCGGGAACUGCCUGCCAGCUGUUGCUUUGAGCGUGACUGCACGAAUCCCUUGAAUCUGUUCAUGGAAGGCUGUGAGAUCAAGUUUAAACAAUAUGUCAGCAAGAAAACAGCCAAUUUUCAUACAAUCAGCUGGUUUUUAAUACUGACUGAGUUUAUGGGCUCGGUGGCCACCUGCUAUUUGGUGGAUAGCAUACGAAAUCAUCGCGAUCGCGUGCGUUUCUAUAAUUAAGCUUUAAUUGUUGAUUAUUGUCGCUCUGUAACUGUAUUAUUAUUAUGCUUAGUUAGUUUUGUGCCAUUGUGAUUUGUAAUUUAGUACAGCAAAAAAAAAAAAAAA